AUGGCUUUGUACGUUGUUGGCGACGUCAUCGAGUACCGACCUUUCGGCGGCGACGUCAAGUCCGGCAAGAUCGACAAGAUCGAUGUCAAGACCGGCGGUCACGUCGACAUCAAGUACCACGUCAACGGCGAGGAGAUCAUCUCGACCCAGAUCAUCGGCAAGAAGGCAUAA